UCCUAGCCACAAAGGUGAUAUGGUGGCAAAAGAACUAAUCAAUUGUCUCAAUCAAUGGGGUAUUACUCAACUUUUCUCUAUCACAGUUGAUAAUGCCUCGUCAAAUGAUGUAGCUUUGAGAAAGGUAAAGGAAUAUUUAAAAGAAAAAGAUAAAGCUUUAGUUUUGGGUGGAGAGAUGUUCCAUAUGCGUUGUUGUGCACAUAUUUUAAAUUUGGUUGUUAGUGAUGGUUUAAAAGAUAUGUCUUAUGCCAUAUCUAGCAUAAGGAAUGCGGUGAGGUAUGUGAGAUCUUCUCCUGCUCGGUUGAAGCGAUUUAGAGAAGCUUGUACGGAUGCAAAUGUUGAAUCAAAAACCUUGCUCUGUUUGGAUGUGGUGACAAGAUGGAACUCCACAUACAUGAUGCUAGAAGCAGCAUUGAAGUUCAACAGUGUUUUUAAGUAUAUGGAAGGGGAUGCAUACUACAUUAAGUAUUUUGAAGAAGAAAGAGUUAAUGGAGAGAAACUUGAUGGCCCACCAGAAGCUAGUGAUUGGAGCAAUGCUGAAGUAUUUGUUAACUUUCUCAAAUCUUUUUAUGAACUCACUUUGAAGUUUAGUGGGUCAUUGUACGUGACAUCAAAUCUUUUCUUUCAAGAGAUUUUGCAAGUUCAAGUUGAGCUCAAUGAUAUGAAGGCUAGUAAAGAUGAGUUGAUAAGUAAAAUGGCAGCGAGCAUGCAAUUGAAGUUUAACAAGUAUUGGGGCAAUAUUGAGAAGGUUAACUUGUUGCAGUAUAUUGCCUCCAUUUUGGAUCCAAGAUUCAAACUUGAUGUGGUUCGGAACGGUUUCAGGUACCUCUAUGAGUCAAUUAUAGCUGAAACAAUGAUCAAAAAAGUUGAAAAUAUGAUGACUAGCUUGUAUGGUUUUUAUCAAAAUAUUGUUGUGCUGCCUAAUUCUUCCAAUGAUCAACAAGUAACUGAAAAUAUUACUUCCAAAUCCAAUGCAAGUGGAAAUUCAAGUAGCACAUCAUUCCUUAUUAAGCUCAAGUUUGUGUCAAGUGAAGAAAUCACUAAUGAUUUGGAUGAUUAUCUUAAUGAUAGAAAGGAAAAAUUACUUGAAAAUGUGGACUUUGACAUUCUUGAUUGGUGGAAAAGGAAUAGUAGUAAGUAUCCUAUUGUCUCUCACAUUGCUAGAGAUGUUUUGGCUGUUCAAAUGUCUAGCGUUGCUUCCGAAUCAGCUUUUUCUACUGGAGGACGAAUACUUGAUCCAUUUAGAAGUUCUUUGUCUCCAAAGACAGUUGAGGCGUUAAUUUGCUCAUAGAAUUGGUUGACUUGUGAGUAUGAUGCUCCUGUUGUGUUGAGACAAUACAUGAACGAAAUUGAAGAUUUGGAGACUUCCGAACUAGUUGAAUUAGGUAAAAAAAAAUAUAUCAUUUCACACAUAUAAUUUUCUUUUCUUUACAUAUCUUACUAAUAAAUAUUGGUUUCUAAUUUGUUUCAAUUUUAUUUUUAUUCUAGAAGAAUGUAUUACAACAAGCGUAGGAACGGAUACAACUACUAGUGGUGCUUUAUGAUCAGUUUCAUGGAGUUGUUCGAUGAUUGCCUUUUGGAUUUAUUUUGUAUAAUUGUGCUAGCUUUUUAUAUUUUGGACUAUGAAUAGAUUGUUCUGUUAUGUCUCUUUUUUCUUUAAAAAAAAAAACUUUUGGACUGCUUGGACUUGGACUUUUGUUUAUUUGCAAUUUGGCUUUUGGAUUGUGGUGUUUUUUUAAUUGGAUUUGUUUGAAACUUUCCAAUAUUACAAGUUAUAAU